AUGGGGACGCGGGACAAAAGUCCCACCGAGAGUAGUUGCUUGGUUGGGAAGGUUUUGAUCGAAGAUUUGCCAAAACGAGCUAUUUCUCAUAAUGAUAUACGUGAUUGGUUGAAAAAGUAUGGGUGCAUUUCAGAAAUCGUAAUAUAUCCGCGCUGCUUGCUUGUUCAGUUCGACUCUGAUAUCGAGGCCGCUGGUGCUGUUCAGUGCGAAAAUGGGGCAUCACUGUUUGGCACUAAAGUCUCUCUAAAGCAUGUGGAAGCCAGUGAUUUGAAAGCGCUGCGUCGUACAGGCCCACCCAUUGAUCGGUUUUCCACAAACCUGCAACGGCAUUCUGGACGCGUUUCUAGUCGUGAUCGUGAUCGGGAUAAAAGUCGCGGAUCCUUGCGCCGUGACCGCUUCCGAGGCCGAACCAAGUCUCCGGACAACAAACGUUCACGUGACAUCUCACCGCGUCGACACUCAAGGUCACCAGUCAUAACGCGUACUGAUCGGCGCACAGUUCAUCCGCUAAACUGGUUAUCAGAAGUUGCCGAACGAGACAAAAAGCUGAAUGGAUCCAGUCUUCUUGGUCCUGCCAAUAAAUCAACUGAAGAACCUAUUGUCAAAUCACCACCUUAUAUGGUGGCAAUAAUAACCGUCCAGCAUGAUCUUGUUCCAUAUGCGGAAAUUAUAGAACAACGUGUUACUAAAACUCUAACUACACCAGGAAGUCCUUCUGUUACUCAUAUAGUAGUUCUACUGUCUGUAGAUCAUCUUAGCCCGUGCCUAGCUGAUCUUACCAAAGAUGGCGUUCCGUUCGCGAUCAUUUGCACUAUGACUAAUUGGGCACAUAACUCGUGCACAUUACGUAUUCUUUACGCUCCGACCCAACAAGAGCAUCGUAAUAUGCCUUUGGAUGAUGCAUUAAUCCUACUUCAUCGAGAAUACUCAGCAUAUACGACAAGCAGUAAAGAAGAGGUUAAUACUGCUCCUCCAGACGAUGCCAGUUUCUUGCCACCUAGUCGCCAUUUAGCUUCCCUACUUCAUAUGCUGGCUGACUCUCGUGUUUUAAGUGUUGGAGAGUUAGACGAGAUCACUGUCUUUAUCCAGGAGCGAAAGCGUCGUCUAGAAGGCCGACGGAAUACCAACAGUGAUGCCGGUGCAUGCAGUGAAAAUACAGCUGAGCUCAAGUCAAGAAUUUUAAGCAUGCUUUAUCCUCAGCCUGUUAGCUCUACUGUAACUACAGACACUGCUUCUUCCAAUCUACCAGUUGAUGCGGCUCAUCAAACUCAAGAUUUAACAGCUACUAGUAUUGGAAGUAAAUUAGCUGAAAACUUAACUAACCCUAUUGUACAAAAAGCCAUAGAUACGUUAAUGUCAUAUCCUUCAAACUCUAUGCCUCAAACUUCAACGCAAAAGUCACAUAGUGCUAUGGAUACACAAAAUAUGCAAUCUAAGAACUCUUUUCGCAACAGUAUAAAGCCGCAUUCUUCAUUAGCGAUUGCUGCAUAUCCACCCAGUUGUAUGAAACAACCUACCAGCUGGAGCUAUGAAGAUAAUGGUUUUCGACCAAGUCGACCACUCAUUUCCAAUGACUUGAAUCAGCAUGUCCCUUAUGGACAGCAUACCAGACCUAACAUGAUCCAGCAGCGUGAAUAUCCCAGUGACGAAUCGCGAAAGGGUGCUGGUUUCAUAGAACAUGGAGUUCAGAGAGGUGCUUAUCACUCUGAAUUCGAAGUAAAUGAACCAGUUCUUGAUUCAAAUGAAGAGUUCACAGAAGAAAGUGCUUAUCCAGGUUGGCCCAGGAGAAAACGAAAAAAGCGAGGUUGUAAAGCUCCCUCGGGGGAUUCGUAUCAAUAUCUGGACCCUAAGAGUUUCUCACGUCAAAACGUUGACCAACAAUCUCAACAACCUGUAGAUCUUAUGUCUACGGAGGUUCAUCCAGUCGGUACUGUAGCCGAAGCAUAUAAAUAUUCUCAAGCUACCCCCCUCAUAUUCAAUUCAGGAGUCCGUGGUAGAUCUCAAAGAAUAACCGGUGGAAGUUCAUCCUAUAACAAUUACAAUUAUCAAUCAUUUGGAUCGCAUCAGCCGAAUAAUUUGAAUCUUCAUACCCAAUUUUAUGGUUAUCCCAAUCCAUCUUCAUUUUAUUAG